GCGACAUUUGUGAACAGGCAGUGGCAUCGGCUGGAUCUGGCAUGUCCGGUUUGGGUGGGUCAUGACCGCCAGACGUCAUGAUGAUGACCACCACAAGCAACCUGCGAUGGCGACUCCGGCCAGUAUUUAACAACUGGCAUUCCGCUGGGCUUGACAGUUUAGAUUUCAUCGAUUCUUCCUCCGCAUCUCCUUCCUUCCUAUAUUCCACUCAAUCGACCCAGAUACAAACGGGUGUUCAUAUACAUCGAAGUAUAUAUAUACUUGCUUUCUAUCAACCUAUAUACCUCAGACCUCCUCUCCCUACAAAAUGUCCGCCCCCAACCAAGGCCGCCAGUCGCCCGACCCCGAGCGCCAGACCGGCGCGCAGCAGCAGGAGCCGCCCUCGUCGGGAAACAUCACCUCGCAACUGAAGGGCUCGUCGGAGCAGUCGCGCCAGGAGGCGCAGCAGGGCGGCCUGACGAGUAACCCCAAGCAUAUCCUUGAGGACGUGGAGGCGAAGAAGUUUACUAAGGGACCUGGGAACUGAGGAUUUUCUUUUCGAUAUGAUAUUUGAUACUUAUGAAUGUGGUUAUGUUUAUGCGAGGUGGAAUGAGAG